CUGGCGCGACCGGGUUUCUACGCGGCCUGCGCGCUGUUCGCGGCUACGCACGUGCUGUCGCUCGGCUGGAGCCGCGAGUACAUCGCGCGCGUCAGCCGCGUGCCGCCCGCGCAGAUCCGCUGCAACGCGCUGGAGCGCGCGGGCGCGCGGUAUACCGGGCGCUUCACGCGCGGUGUGGUGACGGGCUACGACAAGUACGUAAUACUGGGCCACCUCGUCGCGGCCGUGGGCGGCGCAGACGUCUGGUACGUGGGCGACAGCGAGAGCGAUCUGCCCUGCGUGCUGCGCCCCGACGUCACGGGCGUGUUGAUCUACACCAGCGACGCGCAGCUGCAACGCCUGGCCGCGCUGCUGGGAGCACGUGCACCGAGCGGCGCCUGGCGUCACGUGCAGCUGCUCCACGGCGUCUGGUGCGUCAGGGACUGGGGGGCUUUGGCCGCGCUGGUGCAGCAAAGCGACCGUUCCACCACGACCGUUUAA